AGUUAGUAGACUUUGAUGACCUCCGCCGGUCGUACUAUUGCUCAUGGACAAUUAAUUCAUGAUUUGCUGCUCGCUAUCCAGGAACCACGAGAAAUUGCUGUUAUUUACAUUCCUGCUCAUACUAAACGCCUUGAUUCUUUCGCUCAUGGCAACGCCUUGGCCGACUCCGCGGCGAGAGCGGCAGCAGUCCACGAUGCAUCUCCUGCUACGACUGUGAUUGCUACCCUUCUUCCUUUUCCCGUUGGUCCUGCCCUUUAUGAUGAACUGGAUGAAGAAGAGCUCAACAAAUGGAAACGCUGGGAAGCAACGCAACAGGACGGCAUCUGGAAACUAGGUGAUAAACCCUUAUUGCCUAUGAGGUAUGUCCUUCCUCUAACUCGCUGGAUUCACGAUCGUACUCAUGGGGGACCUGAAGCUGUAGCUUCUAAAAUCCAACAGUUGUGGGCAGCGCCUGGAGUUUACAGUGCUGCAAAACGCCUGACUGACUCUUGUACUCUUUGCAAGAAAUAUGGGGUCACAAAGGUCACAACAGUCCCUGGCAAGCGGCCGCCUGCUUACUUUCCUUUCCAGAAACUGCAAAUUGAUUUCGCAGAACUCCCCCCUUCUAUGGGAUAUAAGUACAUUCUUGUUAUUGUUGAUCAACUUUCGCACUGGGUGGAAGCCUUUCCUACUCGCAAGAACGAUUCGAAAAUUGUGGUUAAGACCCUGCUUCGUGAUAUCAUUCCGAGGUACGGUAUCCCUGAAAUUAUUGAUUCUGAUAGGGGACCGCACUUUACUGCUGCUGUUCUAAUGCAAGUUUAUGUUGCUCUUGAUAUACAGGCUGCCUUUCACACGCCCUACCAUCCACAAUCUUCUGGUCAGGUAGAGCGGAUGAAUCGCACUAUUAAAGAUCGUUUGGCAAAAGUCACUGCAGACACAGGUCUCAAAUGGCCUGAAGCAUUACCGCUUGUUUUAUGGGAUCUUCGUACAACUCCUCAUGCUACUACUAAACUCAGCCCUGCUGAAGUUUUGUUCGGGCGAGUUUUGGCAGUUCCGUUUACCUUUAUGUCUGCCAAAACUGCCCUCCUGGAAGGGGACGAGGCAGUAACGCAGUACUUGCUCUAUCUGCAAAACAGUUUUACUCGGAUCAGAAAUUAUAUGCAUUGGUAUCAAGGGGUGACACCAGAAAUUCAAGAAUUGCGUAACCUAUCUCAGAUUGUUUUACAGAAUCAAAUGGCCUUAGACAUUUUGCUAGCUUCGCAAGGAGGCGUCUGUACCAUGCUAAACUCCAGUUGCUGUAUGUAUAUCGAUCAGAGUAAGCAAUUGAUAACUGAAGUGGAUAAAAUCUGGAAAGUUAGUCAUGUUACGCAGCAAAUUCAACGAGAUGACGCUAACUGGGGUGUCGCAGACCUGUGGCAAUGGAUGACUUCCUGGUUUCCUGAUCUCGGAAGGGUUGCUGAUUUCUAUGCUAGACUGGUGAACUAUGGAUAACAAAUGAGACAGGUGGAACUUCAAAAGAAGCCAGCCCUGCGACCCGAUGACCUGUCGUUCGGUACUUGCCAAGAAAGAAGAAGUGGAACCCACAGACCACUGGAACGGAAGGAACCUGAGGAUGUCGACAGUGAUAGAUAUCGACAGUGAUAGACAGUGAUAGAUUUUGCUUAGUUGCAUAAUACCUGUUAGAACCCUAUAUAAUGACUAGUUAUACUGCUGUAUGAUUGUCACUCUCUGAGGAGGUGACCCAACGCUGCUGUUCCUGUGAAUCUUCUACAAU